AUGGAUUACGAUCUCGAGAGAUUCCCGUUACUCUCUUACGUCCUUCACCAACUUGAUUCCGAUCACUACGCGCCGCCGUCUAUGGCUGUACAACAAACUCUAGCUCCUUCUUUUCCUUUUCUCUCCGAUCCUCAAAUCAUGUCUUCGUUGACUCAGUCAAUCCCGACCACCACCAUCACGCAGGCGCUUUCCGUCUUGACCUCUCUCGGAUCACGACCUGACCCGUCGGCUGUUUCCUCUGCUCGGUCUAAGAUCGCUCAGAUUCUUGAGAAGGAUUCUCUCUCGCCGGAGGAAGCUGCGAAGGAGUCGGAGAUGUACGCAGGGGUUGUGCGGUUAGAGGAAGUGCACGAUAACUACGAGAAGCCGUUGAAGGAUUUGGAGGAGGAGCUCUCAAGGGUUUACGCCAUGUCCGUUGAGUCGUUGUUGAGAAGCAGAGAAGAAGUUAACGAGAAGGUUGUUGCGGUGCUCAAGGCGGCGGAAUCCGGCGAAGUUCUUGAGAAGAUUGAUCUCUCCGGCCAAGAACUUAAACUUCUCCCGCAAGAUUUUUGGAAAAUCGUUGGCUUAGUUUCUUUGAAUCUCUCUUGCAACAACUUAACGUUUAUACCUGAUGCAAUCUCGAAACUCAAGAAGCUAGAAGAGCUUGAUGUAUCUUCAAACUCUCUUGAAUCUCUUCCUGACUCUAUUGGAUUGUUGCUUAACCUAAGGAUCCUUAAUGUGACUGCAAACAAUCUAACCACACUCCCUGAAAGCAUCGCGCAUUGCAGGUUACUGGUUGAGUUAGAUGCAAGUUACAACAACUUGACUUCAUUACCUGUAAACAUCGGAUACGGAUUACAAAACCUAGAGAGGCUAUCGAUCCAUCUGAACAAGCUCCGUUACUUUCCACCUUCGAUAAGCGAAAUGCGUUCUCUAAAGUAUCUCGACGUACACAUGAACGAGAUCCACGGGAUACCUAAUUCCAUCGGGAGGUUAACGAAGCUCGAGUUUUUAAACCUAAGCAGCAAUUUCAACAACUUGAUGAGUGUCCCGGACGCAAUCACUGAUCUAACCAACUUGAGAGAGCUUGACCUAAGCAACAACCAAAUCCAAGCGAUACCUGAUUCCUUCUACAGGCUGAGGAAGCUUGAGAAGCUGAACUUGGACCAGAACCCGCUCGAGAUCCCGUCUCAAGAAGUGGCUAAACAAGGAGCUGAAGCGGUUAGAGAGUUCAUGAGGAAGAGAUGGGUUGAGAUUAUGGCAAUGGAGGAACAGAGGAUGGGUGUUGAGGCUGAGAGGCAUGGAGAUGGAACCGGGUGGGUCUUGUGGGGAACCUCCAUGGUUACUAAUCUUGUUUCUGGUGUGACUCAAACCAUUGGGUUUGGAGGAGGAUCUGGUGGUGAUGGUGGAGAUAAGAAACCUAAAGAGUCUUAUUUUUAUCACCAAAUCUGA